AUGUCUGUCACUGCUGGAACGUGGACACUCGCAAGAGCCACCACCGAAGCGGUCGAGUCCUUCUUCGGACUACAUGAAGAAGGUAAUGAAGCCGUCUUCGAUGAUGACCGUGAGCUGGUGGACCGCAAGCACUUUGCCCCAGGGGGAAAGUAUCGCUCUAUCAUCAAGCUGUUUAUGCGGUAUGAAGGCCAGGAGCCUGACGACCAGCGUCAUGCCAUGGGCACGGGAUGGUUUGUUCGCGAUGACACCCUUGUGACUGCUGGUCAUUGUGCCUUUGACUGGAGCCAGAACGAUGGCAAAGGGUUCGGUCGGGCAAUCGAGGUUAAAGCGUACAUUGGCUACAACGGCAAAAGGUCUAUCAAUGACCCCAGCGUCCAGUUCCGGCACGGCGUCCAGAUCGUGACUACCGAAGGAUGGCUUCAAUCUGGGCCGACUGAGACCCCCUUAUUCAGCAAGGAUAUCAUUGGCGUAGUGGGAUAUCCCGGUGACAUGCAGACUGUCGAAUGGGAUCGGCGCAAGGCAGCGAACCAGAUGCUGGAGUAUCGCAUCGAUACAUACAAAGGUCAAUCAGGGUCUCCAGUCCUUGUGCAGAACCGGCCUUUGAUCUCCAUCGGUGCUCAUACGACUAAAGCUGGCAUCAAGUACGUCCGUGUGGGCGGGGACAGCAUGGACAGGAAGUCGGAUGCGGAGGACGGCUUCUGGGACGACCUGAAGGAUGUGCUCAGAGUCGGCGCACCAAUGGUCUCGGGCGCCCUGCAGACGGUCAGUCCAUUCUUGGGUCCCAUCGGAGGACCGAUUGCCGCUCUAGCUGGCACUGCCAUCUCCGUGGCCGCCAAACGGAGUGUCGAGAGUGGGCUUACUGAUGCCCAUCCGGAAGCCAUUCUGUCCGAGGCUGCGCUGCAGGCCUUCUUGCGGGCGGAUGCCGACCCUGCAGAUGUUGAUCUCGUGGCGCCUACGAUCUUACCGGCCAUUUUGCCGGCGGCGUUGCAUCUCUCGCAAGAUAUCUACACCCAAAAGGGUGCAGAGGCAGAUAGGGAACCAUUCCAUCCGACAUCGUACGGUCGGCGGGAGCCAAUCCGCCUCCCAAGGGAUUUCCGAGAUGACUCGUUCACGCACUACUUGCUCAAGUCGGUGGAGCGCGAGACGGAGGAUGAGAUCUUCUGGGGCAUGUUGGGUUCAGUGCUGUCGGCUGCCUCCAAAGGGGCGAACGCCGUUCAAACUGGACUAUCUGUCAUUAGCAAGAUUGUGCCGACGACUGAGGCUGCCUUUGAAGAACAGCCAAUGGACCCGUACCUGAAGGUCUUGGGCCGUCGUGCCCUGCUCGCCGGGGCGACUCUGCAAGUGCUCCGCAAUACGCCACCGGAGCAGCUCGAGACAGAGGACUUCUUCACCCGCAUCCAAUUUAUCAUGCAGAAGAUCGGGCCUGCGGUGAUGAAGUUUGCACCUGUGGUGGUCUCGGCGGUUCGUCCAGUUCUCACGCCUAUUAUUCAGCCUCCAGCAGGGACUACUCCUCUUGCUGGAUCCUCGUCGUUGACCCAGGGCAGCAGGGUCUUCCUCGACAGCAGUCAGACCUUCUUCGACAAGGUAAUGAGCACAGCCAAUGAGUGCAAGCUGCUCCUGCGUGAGCGUGUUUCCGAGAGCCAGGAUGCGACCGAGGCUAGUGGAUCCAAUCAAGAUGGGUUGAUGUGGACCAGUAUGAAUGACGCUUGA